AUGUCGAAAUUGAAGAGUGGUGCCCCAUCGGGGGGCUAUCAUCAGGAAUAUAUUACGUCGCUCCGUUAUCGCAACGACCUGCCUGUCCCCGAAAUGCCACCCAAAUUCCUCGAGGUCCCUCACGAGGGCCUAGAGCAUUUUCUCAGCCCUGGAUUUGUAGCGAAUAUGGUGCGACGUGAGGAGCCCAAUAUUGAUGUUGACGCUGAGGGGGGGAUGCCAAUUGAUCUCAUCGGAAUUCCAGGUUUACACCUGGGCGACGAAAGUGCUAUCAUGGCUCCAGAGAACCCUCCUCCUAUCGACCCCGCCGAUCUGCCUCUACUGAUGACCCCCGACCAGUUGAGGAACCCUGCUCCAAGGAAUGCGAACGUAAGCUUUCUUCGCCGGACUCAAUACAUUGCCACUGGAGGAGCUGGCCGCAGCACGGAUUCAAAGGUCGCACCAGGAGGCCUCAAGCCCAAAAUUCAGAAACCGAAGCCAUCCCGUGAUGACCCAUCGCAUAUCAAAAAGUAUAUUGUCAAAGGGUUUGACAUCGCCUAUCCAGAAAGCAAACAUACGGGAGAAGAUACGAAAGAACAGAUCAAGGGUUUGCCUGCCACUGAUGCCGAACUCGACGCCUGGGCGAACCCCGUUCACCCAGAUAACCCUAAUCUGAAGCCUGUCGGCCUUUAUCCGGUUGUCCCAGACCUCGAAGGAUUCCCAGACCCUGGUGGGUUCUUGCAAGUCAAGUUCGAUAAGGCGCCUGUUCAAGCCCUCAAAGGAAAACGUGACGACCGUAUGGAUGUUGGUAUUUUACUUCCGUCUGAGCCAGAAGACCGAGUUUGCCAGGAGCACGCUUCAAAAACCGCCUUACACAAAGCUAAUCCUAGUCGUUACCCUGAUCCUGGACCGAUACCCUGGGACUAUGAUCUUUUCCUGGCUGAAAAGGCGAGCAUGGUGAACGAUAUAAAGAGUAGUUUGAACUUUUCGAACCCUAAUAGAGAUGACUCGAAGUACUACACCCAUGAAGGAUCUGAUGGAAGCAAAUGCCAUCGAUACGACCGUAUCCGCACAUAUGCAACGAGUACACAAGUUCUCAACACGGACCAGAAAUACAAAGAUAUUGCAGUUGUCCUUUUCGAUCCGGCGCAAGCAAGCCAAGGAGCCCGUCUGACGAGGAAAGCAGCAUACUACUAUCCUAUCCUAGGCAAGGCUCGCCUUAAGCCUGAACGUGCCCGUACGAUUGCUAAAGCUGGAUUGGCUCCUACACGAGUAAAGGCAAAACAGGACCAAUUGCAUCAAAUGCAAAUUACUUUACGGGAUCCAAACCCAGAUGAGGUGUAUAAAAGAGCGACGCACAGAGCGCAAGUUGAUUCUAAGUUUGCAAAACGAAUGCCGUCUCCACCGGUUCCUGAUGAUGAAGUGCUCAAAGAUGAUAUUGAUGCCGACGGCGAUGAAGAGCUCUUGUAA